UUGUGGCUUCGGUAGCUGCUUCCUGCCCUUUGCAUGCAGAGCGCACGCGAGGAGGACUUGCAAGUUCCCCUGCCUCCAGCAGACAUCGCUGCCAGGGCCUCGGAGGGCAGCUCCCCGCAGGGGCUGCUGCAGGGCAUGGACUCCCAGGUCGAGGAGGGCCUUAGGACAGGGGCUGACGUCUGGGAUAAUCAGGGACCCUUCCUCUUCAGCACAUUUAAACCCAACGGUCUCAGCAAAGACAACAACGCGGACGAGCUGGCCCAGCUGGAUGGUACCAGUGCUGGGCUCAGCAGGGCGCCAGCCGGGGCCCAGAAAGAGAAGCAGCCUCCUGGCUCUCAGAGGGACCAGGGCACCUAUACCAGGGACCCUCUCAGCUCAUGGCCGGCGGCCAGUGCCAAGCUGAGCUGGUCUCUUCUCAGGGACCCCGUGCAGGGAGCAGAGACGCAGGCGAGGCUGGGGCCCAGGCUGGACCCUCCCGAGGCCCCGUCGGCGCUGCAGGCCCGGACCCGGGCAUGGUUCGAGCGCACGCAGGCAAGCCGGAUCUGCCAGCAGGGGCAGCUGCCACCCUGGUUUCACGGCUUCAUCAGCAGGAGGGACACGGAGCAGCUGCUGCAGGAGAAGCCGCUGGGCUCUUUCCUGAUUCGCUUCAGUGAAAGCACCAUGGGAUUUGUCUUGUCGUACAGGGGCAGAGAUCGCUGCCGGCACUUCAUCCUAGAUCAGCUGGAAGACGAGUGCUACGUGAUCCUAGGAGAGAACAGCGCCCACGUCGAGCUUCAGGGUCUGCUUCUGCACUACACCACCGCCCCCGUCACCCCCUACGAUGAGUUCCUGACAGCACCAUGCCCCAGGGGCGACAAGAGCCAAGAGAGUGGUGGGAUCCCGGCUGGAGCUGAAGCAGGGUCUGGUGCUCCACUCGAGCCAGCAAAUGUCCCCCCAGCAGCAGGCGGCCAAGCAUACAGCCUGGUUCUCAGACAGCCCCAGGCCCCCGGCCAACAGAGCCAUCCCUGCCCGCUGGCUGCAGAGCAAAGGAACGAGGGAAGCCCUUCCAAGGAGGCUCCCUGUGCCAUUCCCCUGCUCCCCGCCAAGGCUGGCCCCACUCCGAGGCCGAGCAGCCCUGUGCAAGAGGCAGGGGCCUCUGUGGAGCCCUACGCCCACGUCAGCAAAGCGCCCGUCCCCGCUGAGCAGCCCACACCGGCCCAGCCCGCAGAGGCCAAGUACCAGCAGCUAAUGCGCUUCCACACCUACGCCGAGCCCUGCGAGGGCUUCCCGCCCCCUGAACGCCGCAUCUACUGUGAACCCGACGAGCCCAUCCCCUUCUACGCCAUGGGACGAGGCUCGCUGCCCAGCCCCGACCCCGAGAACAUCUAUGCGGAGGUAGAGCUGGCGUGCCGGUCCCGGCCCCAGGCUCUACCCAGAGUGCUGCAGGACACGGCGUCCACCUUGCCUCGGGGCUCAUCCAGACCUCCCGCCGAGCCGUCCCCAGGACACCGCAGGCUCCUCCGGAGCACGUCGGGGCAGGGGUCCCGGAGGAGGCGGUUGCCUGCAGCUCUCGCCAUCGAGGGGGCCCAGGGGAGGCCAUCUGGGCAAUCCUCGGAGAACCCGCUGGAGUUUGACGACCCGGUUUACGGCAGGAAGGCAGCCACCCUGACCAGACCGACGGCCACCAGGGGACAGGAAGGUCUAGAAAACAUUUACGAGCUGAUUUCUGGAGACCAUCCUAGCCCGCACGCAUCGGGGAGCAGUAACUCAUAGAGCCCUCCCGCAUUCAAGGCAAGCCGGCAGGACACCCCCUGCCAAGGGUUCCUGGGCUUGAGAGCUGCCGGAAAAGACUUCUUCCCCAUCAGCUGCUCUCUAAGGAUAUGUCUACACUAGUGUAGACCAGGGCUAGGACACAGAGUUGCUGCAGACAUAAGCCCUCAAGACACUGCUGCUCUGACCACCUCUCUCACGUUUGCGCAUGGAGCAGCCUCCUCCAUGAAUUCAAGGAUCACAUGCUCUCCCCCCCCUUCCAAGGGUGGGAGUUUCAGGAAGCAGGGAAGAUCUUUCCAUGGAAAGGAAUAUGAGAUCCAACGCCAAUAAAAAACCCAGUGAGGUCUUUGGCUCACAAAGUCUCUUCCUCACAGCUACGACACCAGCUUUGUCGGUUUUCCCAUCCCUCCUGCUCUCAGUUGCUUGAUACUCAAGACUCACGGCUUUUUUGGACCCUUGAUGUUAUCUCCUUCCCCCCCACCCGGAGGGGGUCUUUGCUUCUUGGUGUCAUUGGGCAGUCAUAGAAGCUGCUUCAUGGGGUGGAACUACCAAGCCCAAAUGGGAUGACGAACACCCUCUAGCGUCGACGGAGAUACCCACUGACUUGACACCGCAGAGCUGUUCAGAUAAGAAGGAUUUUUAUUUUUAAAUCAGGGGAAUAAACAGAAGCAAAUGGGAUGAAAUCGACUUGCAUGCAGGGCGGGUGGCAUUUAAAUCCUGUUUACAUAAGGGGCAGCUUCAGGGUUUAAAUUCCAUGUUAAG